AUGCUCCUACCUUGGCGGCCUUUGUUGCCACCAAGGCCUGCUAUAUUCUCGUUCGCUAGAAAGUCGCCCUUAAAAAUCCCGCUCAGCCCCGGUCCUCUAAUUCCGCAACGAGAUCUUGUGGAUGAGGAGAUCUGUCCUGACUAUAACUCGGCAACGUUCUACCCUGCAAAUCCUGGACAGGUCCUUGCCCGGAGAUUCCAGUUACUUGUGAAGAUCGGCUGGGGGUCGCAGUCAACGGUGUGGCUGGCGCAAGACAUUUCGAGCAACAAUGCAGAUGAUGCUCUUCAUGAAUUGGAGAUUGAAAGGCAUAUUGCGCAGCAAAAUCCAGAACAUCGUGGCCACGUGAUUCUCCGCACGUGUCUGGACCACUUUGAAGUCAAAGGUCCGGAGGGCCGUCAUAUGUGCCUUGUUUACGAAGUUAUGAGAGAGCCUGUCUGGAUAUUCAAGCGGCGUUUCGUUGAUCGCGAAAUUCCGCUACCCCUAGCGAAGGCUUACAUCUACUUUCUCCUCGCUGGCCUCGAUUAUCUUCACUCCGAGUGCAAGGUUGUCCACACGGACCUAAAACUAGGAAAUAUACUCAUGAGCUUUGAAAACGCAAAAGUCCUCAGUGAAUUCGUCAAAUGUCAAGAACCGAUGCAGAGGAAGAUUGAUGGCCACACAGGCCGGACUGUGUACCGAUGCCAUAACGACUUUGGCCCUCUUUCUGCAAAAGAACUCAAGAAUAUGGUUCCAAAAAUCGCGGACUUCGGUCUAGCAGCAAGUCUUGGCAAACAGUCCACCCACAACGGAAUGGUAGGGGAGCAGUUUGGGGUUUAUCCUAUCCAGCCCGAUCAUUAUCGCGCCCCGGAAGUUAUACUUGGCUGUGGUUGGGAUUGCAAAGCAGACAUAUGGAAUUUUGGUGUGCUGUUAUGGAAUUUUCUCGGGAACCAGGAGUUAUUCCAACAGGUAUUGAAUACGAAAGGCCAAUAUGAUGCAAAAUCACACCUUGCCGAGAUGGUCGCUCUUCUUGGACCCCCUCCAAAGGCACUGCUCGCGAAAUCAAAGGCCAUAGGCCCUUUUUUCAAUGAAGAAGGUUGGUCGGAAGCUAGUGUUGUUCGUCAACUUUACUGA